AGAGAACAAAACACACACUCGAAAUUCAAAAUAUCACAGACAGAUAGAGAGAGGGAAGGAAGAGGGAGAGAGAGUAGCAUCCACAGUGGAAAAUGGCGGAAGGAAGCUCCACCACCGAUUUCCAGACGAUACUCGCCGCAAUCAGCUCCUCCGAGACCGUUGAAGAUCGUGUUCAGCUCUUCACCGAUCUCGGACGUGUAGACCUCAAGAACCUCUCCGAUUCCGACCACGCUUCCGCCAUGAACUGCUUCCUAAAUUUCACAUGUUUGGAUGUUACUCAGUGCAUGCUAAACCGAAGCAUUUUACAGGCCGCUUCGAAAUAUAUAGAUUUUAACCUGUCUAAUUGUCUUCCACAAACACUCAAUCUUGGAGUCAAGGCUAGUAUAUGGUGUGCCAAGCAUCUAAAGAUGACUCUUUUGUCGACGGAAGAAUCUCAGGACGAUGAACAUAGCUCGGUGUUUUACCAGCUUCUUCUGGAGAUCCUUAGAUUUUCCUCAUCAACUUUUUCAGCCUUGUUGGAAUUCACUGAUUUUGGUGACAAAGAAUUGGUGGACAUUCUUGAAAACUUCAUUUUAGAAGCAUUAAAUCUAACUAAAGAUUCCAUAUCAGAUGCUAAGCAGAAAAUUCAAUCUUUUGGACCAGAAGUAUUGAAGGUUUCACAGAAUGUAAUUGAUGCUGUUGUAAGACUAUGCAAGGUACGCUCUGAAUUAAUAAGCUGCGAUGAUGAUGAAAAACUGUUGAGUCUCAACAAACCUACAAAUGUGGGCCAUGCUAUCAACAUAACAAAAUCUGCAAUAGAAAAGCUGUCUCAGAUUGGUGUUCUUGCUGCAAAUGAUGGAGGCAAUUCAGUCAAUAUUCUUAAUGUCUCCUGGAAAGGUGUUGUCUCUUUGCUUCAAAUUGGUGGUCAACAUUUUACAGGAGUGGAUAUAGCAAAUAUAGUGGUAACUUUGCUUGCAUUGAUAAAAGAGCCUCUGAAAUGUGCUAUUGAGGAUUGGUCGUCAUCACUGAAUGAAACCAUUUCUGUAUCUGAAGCCAAAAGGAUCUUUGUGCCAGUGAAAUUUUACCUGAUUAAUGCAAUUAAAAUAUGCUCACUGUAUCCUCAUCAAACCUACACAGUCUACAGGGAGAUUACACACUGUGUUCUCAUGAUAACUUCUUUUUGGAUUUUUGCAAGUAAUGAAAAUCUUCUGAAAUGUGCAUCUGCUGUAGUUACUGAGCUGUUGCAGGAAACAACAUUGGAUUUGGUGUUGUCUUUGCUAAAUUCUGACAAAUUAAAACUGGAAGAGAAGCUUGAGGCACUGGAGUGGCUGUUCAUUAAUGAAGGGGUUUCUCAUUCUGGCCUUGAUGGCCCAACACUAGUUGAGUGUAACCUUGCGUGGGUUAGUGAAAUCUUCUGCAGUAGUUGUGAAGGUAUGAGCAGAUCAAGAAUACUAAUACUUGGUCGAGUUGUAUUGUUUAUUAACUUCCUCAGAUAUUCUCUCAAGCUUGAUGAAGAUAUGAAAGUGGCGAUAACCCAGAAACUUCAGCGGUUUUUGGAUAUUUUAGUUGAAGAAGAUGUAUAUUGUUGCAUGCUUGUUUUGCAACUUCCUUUAUUGAAGGGCUCUGGAAAAACAGCAGAGUUGGUGUGGCAGCCUAUGUUUACUUCCCUCUUGCUAGCAUUUAAAACCUUCAUGAUUGUGAUCUCUUCAAGUAAAGCUUGGGGGGAGUUGGAGUCUUUCUUACUAGAGAAUUUCUUCCAUCCUCACUUUCUUUGCCGGGAGAUUGUGAUGGAAUGCUGGUGCUUUAUGCUGCGGCAUGCUGAAACACAAAUGGCAAACAACAUUAUUAGCAAAUUGUGUUCAUUACUUAAGAUGCUUGCAUCCUCAAACUCUGUUCUCCUACCUCAUUCUUCCUUCAGAAAAUUGGCAAGUUCAUUCUGCUUGCUUCUACGUCACGGUGCACCAUCAAUGGUUAGUGAUGUAUACAUGUCUCUUGUUGGUGAUGGGAGAUCACAGCUGUCAUUAACUUUGUGUUUGGCUCUGUUCAUGGAAGGUUUUCCACUUGAUUUACUGACAGAUGAGUUGAGAAACACUUCCAUUCGAAGAAUUAUAUCUGAUUAUUUUGACUUCAUAGACAACUUUGAUGAAGCAUCAUCGCUGGCAUGCUCCUCUGGUUUGUUUGGCAUUCCAGUUUUUAUUUUUUCUGCUACUUUGCAAUCACUCCAGGCUGGACUAUCUGACAUUGAUGAUGCAAGGACCCUGAAGUUUUUGAUUUCAGUUACUACUAACUAUAAAAGUACUGCAGACAGAGUAAUCAAGGACCGUUAUCUUCGGCUUUUCAGUGAAAUUCUUGGGAUCAUCUCAUAUUUGAAACAUCUGUACACCUCAAAUGAUUUUGAACAGGCCAUAUUGCAGAUUGAAAAUAUCUUUAUCACUGAGCCUCCGGCUCUGUUGUACAAAUGCAAACCACAUUUGGCUCAUUUCCUGAAAGAACUUAUUCACAUGGAAAUGGCAGAAAGUGACGCUGAUGCAAAAUGUUGUGCCGUGUCGGAAUUAUAUCACUUGCUCUUGAAGGAGCGGCACUGGGCAUUGAUUCACUUGGCAAUAACUGCAUUUGGAUAUUUUGCUGCACGCACCAAGUGCAAUCAGCUAUGGAGAUUCGUUCCACAAGAUGCAGCGCUCUCAUAUGAUAUAGUUGCAGCACUGGAGACAAAUCAGGAGAGCUUUAUGUCUGAGUUUAAAGCAUUUCUUAAUAAGCAAGUAGCUCUUCUUACAGUUGCACCAAGUGCUGAACAGCUUGAGCUGCUACGAAGAGAAGGUCUUAUGUUGAAACAGAUGGUCCAUAAGAUUUCCGUCAUUGCUGAAGAGAGUGAGGAAUGUGAGAGCAUGGAAGUUGAUGACAUGAACCAAUCAAAUAAAAAAAGGAAACUUCUCGAUGGAAUUAGCAGAGGAGUGGAAUUCCUGAAAAAUGGUUUGAAGAUUAUUAGUGAUGGUCUUUCCCAGUGGCAGCUUAAUCAAUUUGAUACCAAUGACCUGCAUAUCAAGUAUUCGACUCGGUUUUCUCAACUUGAAGAUGCAAUUACUCACUUUGAGGAAUUGGCCGGGAGCAGUUAGGUAUGUUUAUCUUAUAUUCAGAAAUUUCCGAGGUUGAUUACUCAUUGACGCAUGUUUUUCUGUAACGAAAUCUUAUAAAUCAAUGAAUUUUACUAGUAUAUGAAUCUAAGGUGUAAGAUAAUCUAUAGUAAAGUUUAGUUCCCUAGCACCCCCUUUCUAUCCUAGUGAUUCAACAUUUAUUUGGCAAUUAGCAUUCAAAUACAAAAUUCUCUGUCAAGUCAAUGUCAACAAAAUCAGUUUAAUUGUAUGGUCUUCUCAUCAUUCUUCAUAAGUUGCUAAUUAUGUCUUCUUCCAUGUUUUACUUUUGCAUCUUGAACAAUUAGUUGGAAGUGUUUGUUAAAUUCUGCAGACUUAAUAAAACAAGUAACUAGUCAACGAUAACACUGUCAACACAUGUCUCACACUACUUGAUUUUACCUCAGCUACUGAUUCACUCAUCAGUUUUA